UCUAAAUAUGGGAGAAGCGAGAUAAAAUCACUCGUGCAAUCACGCAACGUCCAUAGAUAGACUCGAAAGGGGUGGGAUUGGAUCUGCCCACAGACUUUGCCGUAUUUCCCGAUAUGUGCCGCUCACCGGGCGUUAUAAAGUCGCCUUCUUUUGCGUUCCUUUUCCGCGGCACCGUCUGCCAAGACAGAAACAACAUUCUUCUUCCCCAACAAGAUCCCUCUCUUCUUCUUAGACGACUCUUUUAACAUCAUCUGCUUCGACAUCCGUUGUAAACCAGUUUCGAUAUCGCGUUAGAAUAACGUCGCCUUAAAGCACCAUGCCAGACCGAUUCACCACCGCGCUGCAGGCAAACAAGGAGUGGGCUGCCCGAACUGCCCUGGAACAUCCGGAACUGUUUCCCACGCUUGCCAAUGGCCAAUCCCCCGAAAUUCUUUGGAUCGGCUGCUCCGAUUCUCGAUGCCCUGAGACGGUCGUUCUAGGCCUCAAGCCUGGCGACGUCUUUGUCCAUCGGAAUAUCGCCAAUAUCUUGCACGCCGGCGAUCUCAGCUCAGGUGCAGUCAUCGAAUAUGCCGUCCGUCAUCUGCGAGUCAACCACAUCGUGCUCUCCGGCCACACCAAGUGUGGUGGUAUCGCAGCUGCCCUUGGCAACAAGCAACUCGGUAUCCUGGAUCCCUGGCUGUUGCCUCUGCGCCAAAUCCGGGAGCAGAACCUUGCACUGUUACAGACAUUGUCACCGGAGGAUGCGACCGUUAAGAUGGCGGAGCUAAACGUCCGGGAAGGUGUUAAGCUAUUGAAGUCGAAGGCUGUAGUGCUUGAAGCGAUGCAAGAGCGGGGUCUUCAGGUUCACGGCCUCAUUUAUGAUGUCGCCUGUGGUAUGCUCCGGGAUAUAGACACCAAGGACUCGGAGGAAGAGAUCAAGAGGCGACUAGUGGCCUUCAAGACGGAGGCUUAGGAAAGGAACUCGGUGAUAGGGGUCCUGCCAUUUCUUUCGAUGGAUUGUUUUCUUUCUUUGCGUUGUUCCUUUCAGCGAGUGUCCAGGUAUAUUUGAGGUGUUCUU